AGACACCCCAAAAUUGAAUACAUCAAUGCACCCCUUAAAUUCUUAAUUACUAUUGGAUGAAAUAUCAAGUGUACACAUUAUUUAGUGGGGUGUUGCACAGAGAAUAUAAUUCUCAAAUCUCACCCACGUUCCACUCUUCUAUUUAAAAAAAAAAAAAAAAAAAAAAAAAAAAAAAAUCUCACUCCCUUAACCACUAAAUCUCUAUUUUGUCGUUACCUAACCCACUUUUCUCUCCUACACUUUCUAUUUCACUUACUCACUGCAUAUCAAGUUUUAAAUCUCAGCAACAUUAUUAUUGAAUUAUGCAUCAACAAAUUAUCUUUCAUUAGCUAUUUUUGGUGGAGUAGCAUUAGGCAUUGUUGAUAAAUAUUAUCUCUCAAAGUUUAACACAUUUGGGAUAUUUAUUGUAUCAGAUGGAGAAAUAUCUAAUACAACACUUGGAUGAAGAAUUGAGGCGUUUACAAAGUGUGACCCAGCAGAUGGAAGAGUGUAUUCAUUCAAAGAAUCACGAGGUUGAUAGAUUGCUGGAAGUAAUUUUGAGGGCAGAGGAGGGUAGAAAAAAUUCAACGAAUCAAAUUUUGUCUAGUUUAGCAAUAGCAAUUGAUAAAAUAAAUAGUUUUGAAGGUCAAUGUUCAAAGGGGCAUAUGCAAACCGGUUUGGCGAAGAGUAACAUGGAAAAAGAUGCUAAACAAUUUCAGAUGAAGCAAUCUAAUGUUGGUGAAGUGAAAACUAAUGUAACGACUUCAAUUGAAUGUGUAGAUGGUAAACCAGUAAAUAGUAGUGAGAGUGAGGUGAAGUUUGUCUCUGAUUUGAAAAGGAGUGGUAAUGUGAUUGAAGGUGAAAGUUCAAGUGGAAAGCGUUGUAGGACUGUGCCAAGCCGUAUACCCUUUUUUACCCAAUUUGGGCGAACAUUGAAGGAUUUAGGACACAUUAAGGGGAUUGAUGGUGUUGAAAUAAGAGGAUCUCAAAAGUCAUUAUCAGCUUGUAAAUUAUCCGUUAGACAAAGUUCAUGUGUUAAGGGUGUGUCUGAGAUAUGUCCUGUUGGUCAGGAUACUAGUAGUGGGUUAAAUCUUUUGGAACUUUGUAAUUUGAAGGAGAAGAAGGACGUUGGACCUUUUAAAGUUAAUGUUCCACUAGUUAAUGUCGAGAUGGAUAAGAUAAUCUCGUAUUUGUUUGAGAAGAGCUUAAAAUCAAGUGACAUUCUAGUUGACACUGAAUUUCAUCAGUUGGAGCGUCAUAUAUUUCAAACACUUGCUCCUUCUCAGAACAUUAAUGGAGAGAUAAUAAACAUUGUAUCGGAGAUGUGUACACAUAAAAGGAGAGAUUCUAUGAGUAAGACUGGUUCAAACUGGUACCUAACUACUUGGAUGACGAGUAAGUUUACUUAUUCCAAGAAAAGCCAACGAAAUGGUGGAACAAGUAAUCCAAUGAGAUCAUUCUUUUUAGGAGAUUUGGCUUUGUGCGAGAAGAUAUUUGUUCCUGUUCAUGUAAGGUCCGAGGAUCAUUGGAUCUUGUUGAUAGUAAAGAUGAAGGGGAUAAUAGAAAUAUGGGACUCACUUCAUGGUGGAAAGUCUGUUGGGAAUGAAAUUUUGAAGGAAGCGAUAAAAAAUUUGGAUUGCUUUUUAUCUGAAGAAAUAAAAAAGUUGCAUGGGGGAAAUAAGUGGUCAUUUACAGAAUUUGAAGUUAUUAUGAUGGAUGUACCUCAACAGCCUAACACUUUUGACUGUGGGAUCUAUGUUAUCAACUUCAUGGAGGAACGAGAUACACAGUUUCUUGUCCCCCCUAAUUAUGACAGUGAUAAUGAGCGUAUGCGUGUUGCUUGGAAAAUAUUUUCUUCAAGCUUCAACAAAGUUAGGGAGUCUCAAAUCAAGUACACAUAGACGAAGAAUUUAAAGUUGCAUCUCUAACUUUUUCCUGGAUAGUAGUGUUUUUUUAUUAUCUUUUAUGAACAAGAAUAGUUGUAAUUUUUCUUUUUUGAAUGAACAAGGAAAAAUUAUUGAUUUGAAUGAGUACACUUAUUUGUUUGAAAGAGGUAUUACUUUAACAUUUCUAUCUAUAAAUUUAUUCUAUUUCAAGUUUU